AUGGACCCCGACAGGAUGGGCUUGGUGGCCAUCAAGACUUUGCCAGGCCCUUUAUAUGAGCCCGAACAACCCUUAUCUGGGUUCGCCAACAACAAGUACCAUGAAUGCGAUUACGACAGCGAUAGCUCUUUUGCAUCCCUUGGGCAGAAUGCUCCAACUGGCUUAACAGGUAGGCCUAGGAGCCAUACACUCCCUAACCCCAAGACAAGAGGUGCAUCCAGCCACGGUAAAUCAUCGACAUCAGGCUUGGCCCGUUCUAGAAGAAAUGACUCUGAUGCCCGUGAUCUUGCCCCAGCCCAGCCACCUACUAAACACAAUAAAAACGAUCACUUGAUCACUGGCAGCCACUGUACUGUGUCUGAGGGCGAAGGAUUGGGACGCCGCCGCCAGGCUCAAUCUUCGCAGCAUAAGGACCAGCAGACCGGCGGCUUGCACAUGCACAGUCGCAUUGGACGCGCACAUGUGCACCCGGGAAACAACCCCCACACAUCUGAAAGACAGAUCAUCGAGGGAUUCAGAUCUCCUGGUGGCUGGCAGACGCGUGUCUCCAAGAGAAGCGUCUCGUGUGUUCUCAGCCCGAAGUCGAUUCAGGAGCAGGAGCCAGGGAAGAAGCGCAGACGAGACUCAAAGGCGUCGCUUCGCACUGAAGUGGACAAGCAUGAAGCGACUCAGGGGUCUGAUCGGCUGGCAUCGUCUCACGGGCCUCAGUCGGCCAUGCUCGAACAUAUCAUCAACAUCGCGAACAGAUCCGGUGACAUGUCCUUGGCUAACGCUAGCAACGCAGGAAAGCAAAUUGCAGAUGGAGGGCAAACCACCGAGCCAUACGCCGAAAGUGUGGAGGACCACGUUAAGACUGUCCACAGAGAAAUGGGACCUAUGAAGAAGCAGAGAAUGAGAGGAUUAGCCAAAUUGGGCGUGCAGAGGAAGAUGAAGCAAGAGCAGCACGACGACAAUUUCCCAGCCCUUUCGGGCACCGCAGCCAUGAGGAAGCGAGCAAAGAUUUCUCCGAAGCUGUGA